UAACAAUGCUGUCUGUGGUUUCCAACUUGGUUCACUCACUUGAUUGUACAAAUAUUAUAUUUUAACAAGGAAAUGUUUCAAGUUUAAGAAAUAAGUGAUUGCGAAUUAGUUAUAAUAGCUGCAAACGCAGAAGCCAAUACAAUUAUCAAGAUGUCCAGCAAGGACGGUUCUCGUCCUGGCUCCAAAACUGGAUCAAAAGCUGGAUCAAAAGCUGGGUCAAAGGCCGGGUCAAAGGCUGGUUCAAAGCCUGGCUCAAGGGCCAGUUCAAAAGCAGGAAGUGCCCGAUCCUCUAAAGUAGGCUCACCAAAGGGAUCCAAGCGGACCACCCCGCUACCAGAUCCUGCCAUCCAGGAAAAUCAGAGUCAAGACGUUGAACAAACAGAGGGACAGGUUACAGAACUAGACAGUGGGGACUUGACAAGUGAAAGUAAUCAGGAACAGAGUGCACUGAAUGCUUCAGACCCAGACAGUAUUCACAAUGUUGUGAACCAGAUGAUCAAGGACAGAAUAACGGUGACAAACUGGAAACCAGAACUGUGGACAGAGCUUCAUGACAGUGCCAUCAGAGAAUUCACCAAGGAUUCCACGAUUAAGCUGAUGGUUGCCUAUAAUGACCAGUAUCGUGGAUUCUGCAUCGAGUACAAGAUCCCUUCGUUCAGUGUGGACCAGCUGACCUAUUUCAUAAAGACUCACCCUACGAAGGAGAUCACUCCAGAGAACUUUUUCACGUCUUUUCAAUACGGAACUGUCAAGGCGACUCACAUUGAGAGUUUGUUGAGGACAAUGAUUGGCAUUUAUGCUCCAAUCUUCUUUGAGGAUACCUCAUGGCCAGACAGUAUUAAAAAUGACUUCUCCGCCCAGCUGCAUCGAUUUCUUGCCAAUUUGACGGACACACGGUGGAAGCUGGAAGGUAAAACGGUGCUGUAUAUUCCCACGGAGGGGAUGAAGAUUCCCCCAGAGGAAGCCGCUAAAAACAAGGAACUUGUCCAGAGACUGGAGACUGCAAUGAUCCACUGGGCUCGACAGAUCAAAGAGGUGCUCAGCUCACAGGAUGCAUACGAGAUGGCGGAAAACUCGGGUCCCCUGGACGAGAUCGAGUUCUGGAAGGCGCGGUGCGUCGACUUGUCAGGAAUUAGUACGCAGUUGGACAAACCCGGCAUCAAAAGAAUAACACAUGUCCUAGAACUCGCCAAAUCGUCGUAUGUGGCCCCGUUUCUGAAACUGUCGGGCCAGAUUAAGGAGGGUUCCAGACAGGCUGAGAGCAACCUCAAGUUCCUUGCAGUUUUGAAGGACCCGUGCCACGACCUGGCAGAUGCCAAACCCAAGGACAUCCCCGCAAUGUUGCAGAAAAUACUCAAUCUCAUCAGAAUGAUCUGGGUGAACUCCGAGUUCUACAAGACGAGAGAGAGACUCACCGGCAUCCUCAAAAAGAUGAGCAAUGAGAUUAUUCGAAGAUGCUGCAGCAACAUUGAUCUCGAUCGGAUCUUCGAUGGAUACGUGCAGUCCGGAAUUACAAAUCUUAACGACUGCAUCAAGUGUUGUGAAGAAUGGAAAGAAGUGUAUGAUAAGACUUCCAAGAUGCAUCACAUGUUUUCGUCCGUGGCCUGGGUUCUUGACCGAAGUAGUAUUUUUGCUCAAAUUGAUGCCUUUAUACAACGGUGUAAAGACUUACUGGAGGUGUGUGAAGCUCAGAUCCAUUUUGCGCGGAAGAGUGAGGGAACGCAGAUCGAGAUGCCACACUUUGCCGGACAGAAAGGCCCCGAAAUCACGCGUGGUAUUCUGGAGAUUGAGGCACAGUUUGAAAAGAACAUCAACAUUCUGCGCUCGGUGAAGAGCACAAUUCUUGACGUGAAAGCGACGACGUGGCAUGACGACUACAACAGGUUUCGGUCGGGGAUCAAGGAUCUGGAGGUGAUGAUGCAGAAUGUGAUUUCAUCGGCGUUCGACACAGUCACCACCGUGGAACAGGGGGUUGAACUGCUGGACAUCUUUAUGCAUCUUCAGUCGAGAGAAUCUAUCCGCCGCACGAUUGACAAAAAGACUGUGGAUGUGUACCAUCUGUUUAAUGAAGAGCUCAAUGCUGUAAAGAAGGAACUCACACAGAAAGGUCUUCCUCUCACUACCAGCCACCCCAAGUUUUCUGGCACCGCUCAUUGGGCUCGGAUGCUCAAAAAGAGAAUCGAGUGGGGAAUGAUGAUUCUCGAUCGAGCCCAUUUCCUACCAUCAAUUGGUCUGGGAGAAGAAGUUCGCACACAGUACCAGCAUCUCUGCAUUGCACUGGAUGAAUACAUUCGCAAAACAUUCUACGAGUGGAACCAGACGGUGGAAAAAUCCGAAGAGUCGCAGAAGCAGCUGGAAUCCCCGCUCAUGUGUCGCAGUACAACACGACCACCCAUGCUGGAUAUCAACUUCAAUAGGAACCUGAUGAAGAUGUUCCAGGAGAUUCACUACUGGGAGAGGCUGAUGUUCGAGAUCCCGCACUACGCGGCCGACGUGUACGGCAAGAAGGAAGACCUGAGAAACCUGAGGGAACACGUCCUGCUGGUGGUGCGCGACUACAACAGAAUCAUUGCUGCUUUGUCCAUAGAAGAAAGAGGACUGUUCACUGAAAGAAUCAAGUUCUUGGACAAAAAGAUUCACCCCGGUUUGACUAAACUUACCUGGGCAUCGAAGAACAUUUCGGACUAUUUUAUCGCAGAGUGCCGACUGCACGCCAGCAAAAUGCAAGCGAUUGUGGACGACUACAAGAGUGCUAACAUGCAGAUAUCGAAACACUCUGUCAAAAUCAGUGAGACGCUGCUCGUCAACAUCGACAGUCGCAAGAUUUACGAAAAUCUUGAAUUCGAGGAAGAUCAGGCCAAAUGGCGCGAGAACAUUGCCGAGAGACUGAAGAGCAUCCACUUUGAGAUCAUCAUGACGAUGAAGCAGACUCACGAAGUCUUCAAAAACGAUCGUCUUGAUCAGGUUCAACAGUCGUGGCAUCGCUACACUGAGAAGAUGGAUCGGAUGGUGGAGGAAGCAUUCCGCCUCAAUGUCAAAUGGUCCCUGCAGGAGCUGUCCAAGGCCAUCAACGGUGACGGCAAGUCUCUGCCAAAUCCCCUCUUCAGGGUCAGGGUCAUUUUAGAAAGAGAAAAGGUUGAAUUUGCUCCAACUCUGCAACAGUUAGCGACAAUUAUGAGCAACAUGAAACGGAAACUGACGGAAGCCAUUUCGGGAAUCCGGCGACUGCCCGAUGAGUUGAUGUCACUGAAGAGGUCAAAGAAAGCUGCAAUUCACGAAGUGAUAUCACAUGACGAGGAGAUCACAAAGAUUCAGUCGGUGAUUGACGCAGGCAUGAAGUCGAACGCCCAGAACCUGCAGUCCUACCUGGCCAUAUGGGACAACUAUCGAGAGAUCUGGGAGAUCCAGAAAGAUGCAUUCAUCCGCAGAUACAAAAAACUCAACCCACAGGUGUCUUCCUUUGAUGCUGAUAUUGCCAGGUACGAUGAAGUGGCGAACAAUGUUCAGACCCAGGAGACGAUUCUAAACAUCCAGUUUGUUCUGCUGGACUGCUCUCCCUUGAAACAGUCGAUACUCGCCCACUGCAACGAGUGGCAGAACAAGUUCACCACCCUGCUGCGAGAGAUCGCGUCCACCAAGCUUAAAGAACUCUACACCUUCCUCAAGGAAAACGGAGAGAAGGUGAGUCAGCCCCCACAGACACUGGAUGAGCUUGGAGAGAGCUUGAAACUGUGGGAAGAGCUGCACUCUAGUCAGUCGGAGAUAGAGGCCAAGUUUUUACCACUCAACGAACAGUUCAGCAUCCUUGAGAAAUACGAGGUGCCCAUCACGGAUGAGGUGAUAGCUAUGAACAACGAGCUUCCAAAUGAAUGGGUAAAAUUCCAGACGACACUCAUAGAGUCAGACACUAUGCUGAAGAAACACAAGGAGAGAUUCAAGACGAGUCUGCUUUCCCAGUCGGAAGACCUGAAGAAGCAGGUGACCACUCUUCUGGAUGAGUUUGCAACCAAGGGUCCGUUCUCAAGCAACAUCAAGACGCCGGAAGCCCUGGAAACCAUCGAGAUGAUCCGCCAGUCGGUGGCUACCCUCAAGGCUCAGGAGCAGACGAUCCGUAAAGGUCUGUCCAUCUUCAAAAUUGACCAGCAGCCAUCCAAGGAUGUCAUCAAUCUUGAAAAGGAACUGGAGCAGAUCGAGGCGGUGUGGGAACUGUCUAAGGAGUGGGAACGGCUGUGGGAGGACUGGAAGGUCGGGCAGUUCACGGAGCUGCAGACCUCAGACAUGGAGACUCUGUCCAUCACACUGUACAAGAAACUCAACAAGUACAGCAGAGAACUCAAGGACAAGAACUGGGAGAUUGUGGACGUGAUCAAGAACCGCGUGGACCAGUUCAAGAGGACGAUGCCACUCAUCCAGGAUCUGAAGAACGACGCACUCAGACCACGCCACUGGCAGAAAAUACAGGACGAAAUGCAGCGACCGUUUGACCACAAGGGAGAAGACUUCACCCUGGAGCGGAUUAUUGAGUACGGAUUUGACCAGUACAGCGAGCAGAUCCAUGACAUUUCCAGCGCGGCCACCAAGGAGUUGGCCAUUGAACAGGGUCUACAAGCCAUUGAUGCAGUAUGGAAUAUCACAGAUCUGGAUAUAACAUCGUACAAGGACAAGGGGCACUUCAAACUUAGAUCAACUGAAGACGUGUUUGCUGUACUGGAAGACAAUCAGGUCCAACUUUCCACGAUGAAAGCUUCUCGCUUCGUCAAGGCCUUUGAGGCGGAGGUCGACAAAUGGGAGAGAACUCUGUCACACAUUCUUGAGGUGGUGGAGAUGCUGCUGACUGUCCAGCGACAGUGGAUGUACUUAGAGAACAUCUUUCUUGGAGAAGAUAUCCGGAAGCAGCUUCCCCGAGAGUCUGCUGAGUUUGAUGACGUGAACGUGCGGUGGAAGGUGAUCAUGACUCGACUGAAUGCCGUAAAAAAUGCCCUCCGCGGAACUCACCACCCAGGCAUUUUGGAACAGCUGAAUGACAUGAAUGUGAAGCUGGAGGAAAUACAGAAGUCUCUUGACAUGUACCUGGAAACGAAGCGACAGAUCUUCCCACGGUUCUACUUCCUGUCGAACGACGACCUUCUCGAGAUCCUCGGUCAGUCGAAGAACCCCGAGGCCGUCCAGACACAUCUGAAGAAAUGCUUCGACAACAUCAGGUCUCUCAAGAUGAGUCGGGCUGGGCUCACUCAGAAGUGGGAGGCUGCUGGCAUGUUUUCGUCAGAUGCGGAAUAUGUAGAGUUUGGACAUUCAGUCUACUUAGAGGGUCCAGUGGAGGCCUGGCUGUGUGAUGUGGAGAAAACAAUGAGAUGGACGUUGAAGGAAGUCCUGAAGAACUGUCGAAUGGCGCUCAAGAAGAACCUCACCAAGAGAGACAAAUGGAUCAAAGAGUGGCCCGGACAGUUGUGCAUCACAGCUAGUCAGAUACAGUGGACACAGGAUGUCACCAAGGCCCUGGCCACCUCCAAAGAAAGGGGAGAUAAGCGUGCACAAAAGAGCAUGAAGAAAAAGCAGGUUGCGAUGCUGAACAAACUGUCUGAGGCUAUUAGAGGAAAUCUCACAAAGAUCCAGCGACUGAAGAUCGUCGCCUUGGUAACGAUAGAGGUUCAUGCGAGAGACAUUGUGGAGAAGAUGAUCAAAUCGGGAUGUUCCGAUGUCACGGCGUUCGAAUGGCUCAGUCAGCUUCGGGUUUACUGGGACAAGGAGAUAGAUGACUGCGUUGUCCGCCAGACCAACACACAGUUCCAGUACGGCUACGAGUAUCUGGGUAACUCCGGCCGCCUGGUCAUCACGCCGCUGACCGAUCGCUGCUAUAUGACGCUGACCACCGCCCUCCACUUGCACCGUGGUGGGAGCCCCAAGGGGCCCGCGGGAACCGGCAAGACUGAGACGACCAAGGAUCUGGGCAAGGCUCUCGGGAUGUACGUGAUCGUCGUCAAUUGUUCCGAGGGUCUCGAUUACAAGUCCAUGGGACGCAUGUUUUCCGGUCUGGCUCAGACUGGAGCAUGGGGCUGUUUUGAUGAGUUCAACCGGAUCAACAUUGAGGUACUGUCUGUGGUGGCCCAGCAGAUUCUUUCCAUACUGAGCGCACUGGCCACCAACAAACAGAGGUUCAUAUUUGAGGGCCGCGAGAUUGACCUCAUCUGGUCCUGCGGAACGUUCAUCACUAUGAAUCCAGGGUAUGCUGGCCGAACUGAACUGCCCGACAAUCUGAAGUCCAUGUUCCGACCCAUUGCCAUGGUGGUUCCUGAUUCCAACCUCAUUGCUGAAAUCAUUCUCUUCGCUGAAGGAUUCGGCAACACAAAGUUACUGGCGAAGAAGGUGUACACGAUGUACUGCCUGGCCGAGCAGCAGCUGUCUCACCAGGACCACUACGACUUUGGCCUCCGCGCCCUCGUGUCUGUACUCAGGUAUGCAGGGCGGAAGAAGAGAAGCAACCCAAAUCUGUCCGAUGAAGAGAUCUUACUGCUGUCGAUGAAGGACAUGAACAUUGCCAAGCUUACAUCGUCAGAUCUGCCUCUGUUUAACGCCAUCAUGUCUGAUCUCUUCCCCGGGAUCGAGACUCCAGCUGUCGACUAUUCCAAGCUGAAGAACGGUAUUUCCGAGGAGCUGCGUGAGAGCAUGCUGCAGGUGAACGAGCAGACCGUGGCGAAGGUCAUCCAGCUGUAUGAGACGAAGACGUCGCGUCACGCCGUCAUGAUCGUCGGCUCCACGCUCGCUGGCAAGUCCGUGGCGUGGAAGAUGCUCCAGGCAACGUGUACACGCCUGUGCAAGGCUGGCGACCCAAACUUCCAGAUAGUGAAGGAGUUUCCACUAAAUCCAAAAGCGCUGUCCCUUGGUGAACUCUAUGGUGAAUUUGAUCUCAACACCAAUGAAUGGACAGAUGGGGUGUUAUCCAGCGUUAUGAGACAGACCUGUGCAGAGCACCUUGAUGAGAAACCUGAUGACAAGUGGAUAGUCUUUGAUGGUCCUGUGGACACCCUGUGGAUUGAGAGCAUGAACUCUGUGAUGGACGACAACAAGAUACUCACUCUGAUUAAUGGAGAGCGUAUCUCCAUGCCAGACACUGUGUCACUGUUAUUUGAAGUCGAGGACCUUGCAGUCGCCUCGCCUGCCACGGUAUCGCGCUGUGGCAUGGUGUAUGCUGAUUACAAGGACCUCGGCUGGCAGCCAUAUGUCAGCUCAUGGCUGGAACGAAAAACAGACAAGGUACUGGUUGAAGAACUGAAGCGUCUCUUUGAUAAAUACGUGUUGAAGAUUCUCGAUUUCAAGAAAGCUAACUGCAAGGAACUCAUCCCCAUCGCAGAACUCAAUGCAAUUACCUCCCUCUGCAAACUGUUUGACUGCUAUUGUUCAGCUGAUAAUGGGAUUGACCCAUCUGAUCCGGACAGCAUGGUUCACAUGAUUGAACUGUGGUUCCAGUUCUGUAUGAUCUGGUCCCUCUGUUGCUCGACAGAUGAGGACGGGCGUAAAAAGAUAGACAAUUAUUUCCGUGAGAUGGAAGGAACGUUCCCAAACAAGGACACCAUCUAUGAGUAUUUUGUCGACCCAAAGAACAGGACGUGGGUGCACUGGGAAGAGAAACUGAAAGGAGGAUGGAAAUACAAUCCAUCACUGCCGUUCUUCAAGCUGAUUGUCCCGACGGUGGACAUGGUACGCUACCAGUUCCUCACCCGCUCGCUGAUCACAUCGAAGAACCCCGUGAUGCUGGUCGGGCCGGUCGGCACUGGGAAGACUUCCGUUGCCGAGAGCACGCUCGGUAAACUCGACAAGACGUACAGUGUGCUGCACAUCAAUAUGUCCGCUCAGACAACCUCGAACAAUGUACAGGAUAUCAUUGAGAGUCGUGUGGAGAAGCGGACAAAAGGCGUGUACGUGCCGAUCGGCGGGAAGAAGCUGAUCACAUUCAUGGACGACUUCAACAUGCCAGCCAAGGAUAUGUUUGGGUCGCAGGCACCGCUUGAGCUCAUCAAGCUGUGGCUCGACUAUGGGUUCUGGUACGACAGAACCAAACAAACUGUCAAGAGUAUCAGGGACAUGUUUCUGGCGGUUGCCAUGGGUCCCCCAGGUGGCGGGAGGAUGGUGAUCUCGCGACGACUCCAGAGUCGAUUCAACCUCAUCAACAUGACAUUCCCACAGGAAUCCCAGAUCAAGCGAAUCUUUGGCAGCAUGAUCAACCAGAAGUUGCAGGACUUUGAAGAAGAAGUGAAGCCAAUUGGUGAUAUCAUGACCCAGGCCACCAUCGAGAUGUACAACAGCGUGGUGACUCGCUUCCUGCCCACACCCACCAAGAUACACUACCUAUUCAAUCUGAGAGACAUCUCCAGGGUGUUUCAAGGAUUGCUGCGAGCUCACAAGGACUUCCACGACACGCGACACGCCAUGACGCGACUCUGGAUUCAUGAGUGUUUCAGAGUGUUCUCGGACCGUCUAGUUGACACUACUGACAAUGAAGCCUUUGUGACCAUCUUGUCUGAGAAACUGGGUCUGCUUUUUGACCAGACCUUCCACAACAUCUGUCCAAACAAGACGUCGCCCAUAUUUGGUGACUACAUCAACCCUGACCAGGUGUACGAGGACAUCACCAAACUGGAUGUGUUGAAGAAGUACAUGCUUGACAUGCUGGAAGAAUACAACAACACGCCCGGCGUCAUCCGCAUGAACCUCGUGCUCUUCAGGGACGCCAUCGAGCAUGUGUCCAAGGUGGUGCGUGUGAUUCGACAGCCGCGUGGCAACAUGCUGCUGGUUGGUAUCGGCGGCAGUGGUCGGCAGAGCUUGACGCGCCUCGCGUCACACAUCUGUGAAUACACUACAUUCCAGGUGGAGAUCUCCAAGCACUACCGGAGGGCCGAGUUCAGGGAAGACCUGAAGAAGCUGUACGCACUGUCUGGUGUGGAGAACAAGCCGACGGUGUUCCUCUUCAACGACAUGCAGGUCGUGGAGGAGAGCUUCCUCGAGGACAUCAAUAAUGUCCUCAGCAGCGGCGAGGUGCCCAACCUCUACAAAACUGAAGAAUUCGAGGAGGUGCGGAACCUACUAGCAGAAGAAGCUAAGAAAGAUGGGAUUGAGGAAACGAACCAGCGAAUGUUCACCUACCUAAUUGAGCGAGUUCGCGCGAAUCUGCACGUUGUCCUCUGUAUGAGUCCGGUGGGAGAGGCAUUCAGGAACCGCAUCCGUAUGUUUCCUGCGUUUGUGAACUGCACGACAAUCGACUGGUUCAGUGAGUGGCCCCAGGACGCCCUGCUGGAGGUGGCUGAUAAAUACCUCAGUGAGGAGAGUCUCGGAAGUGAAGACGAGGACAAGAUGAAGCCAGCUUUAGCUCAGAUGUUUUCUAUGAUGCACAAGUCAGUUUCCGAGUACUCCAAGCGGAUGUUACUGGAGAUACGGCGACGGAACUACGUGACACCGACCAACUACCUUGAACUUGUGUCGGGCUAUAAACAGCUACUGAAGGAGAAGAAACAAGAGUUGGGGAAUGCGGCCAACAAGUUGAAGAACGGUCUGAGUAAGAUCGACGAGACGCGUGAGAAGGUGGAGCUGAUGUCGGUGGAGCUGUCCGACGCCAAGACGAAGGUGGCCCAGUUCCAGAAGCAGUGCGAGGAGUACCUCGUCAUCAUCGUGCAGCAGAAACGCGAGGCCGACGAGCAGCAGAAGUCAGUGGCCCAGAAGAGUGAGCGGAUAAUGGAGGAGGAAGGCAAGUGUCAGCACAUGGCCGACCUGGCUCAGAAUGACCUCAAUGAAGCCCUGCCUGCCCUGGAGGAGGCCAUCAAGGCUCUAGAAUCUCUGAACAAGAAGGACAUGACUGAGAUCAAGUCGUAUGGCCGGCCGCCCGUCCUCGUCGAGAAAGUCAUGGAAGCCGUCAUGAUACUCCGAGGCUGUGAACCGACCUGGGCUGAAGCGAAGAGACAGCUUGGUGAUGGCAAUUUCCUCAAGUCGCUGAUGAACUUCGACAAAGACAACAUCUCGGACCGAGUUCUCAAGAAGAUCGGGACGUACUGCCAACAGUCUGAUUUCCACCCAGAGAUCAUCGGCCGGGUGUCCACCGCCGCCAAAUCACUGUGCAUGUGGGUGCGUGCCAUGGAGAUGUACGGCCGUAUCUACCGAGUGGUGGAGCCCAAGAGACAGAGACUCAACGCUGCCAUGUCACAGCUCAAAGACAAGCAGGCGGCUCUAGCAGACGCCAAGGCCAAGUUGGCAGAGGUUGAAGCUAAGAUGGCCGACCUGAAACAGCAGUAUGACGAGAAGCUGUCCCAAAAGGAGGAGCUGAAGAGGAAGGCGGAACACACCGAGAUGAUGCUGGACCGGGCGUCGAAACUUGUGUCCGGACUCGCGGGAGAGAGGAUCAGAUGGGAGGAAACUGUUAAAGAUCUCGAGGAGAAGAUGGGCUACCUGCUGGGCGACUGUCUGGUGGCCGCCGCCUUCAUGUCCUACAUGGGGCCUUUUCUGUCCAACUACCGCGAAGACAUGGUGCGCAAGAACUGGAUGACCGAGAUAGCCAAACUUGGGAUCCCAAAUGCUCCUGAUUUUGACUUCUGCCUCUUCAUGGCCAAGGCGACGGCUGUACGAGACUGGAACAUCCAGGGUUUGCCCAGCGACGGGUUUUCUACAGAGAAUGGUGUGAUCGUAACCCGUGGGCGCAGGUGGCCGCUGAUGAUAGACCCGCAGGGACAGGCAAUCAAGUGGAUUAAAAAUAUGGAAUUUGCAAGGGGUCUGAAGGUGAUUGACUUGCAGCAGACGGACUACAUGCGGACUCUAGAGAACGCCAUCCAGUUCGGUUUGCCCGUCUUGCUGCAGAACGUGCAGGAGAAACUCGACCCAUCGCUCGACCCCAUCCUCAACAAGUCCUUGAUGAAAGUCGGUGGAGCAUACCUGAUUCGUCUCGGGGACAAGGAAAUUGAGUACAACAAAGACUUCAGUUUCUACAUCACCACAAAGCUGAGUAACCCGCACUACGCCCCUGAAAUCUCUACCAAGGCCACUAUUGUCAACUUCGCUGUCAAGGAACAAGGUCUUGAGGCCCAGCUGCUGGGUAUCGUGGUGAGGAAGGAGCGACCAGAGCUGGAAGAGCAGAAAGACAGCCUGGUGCGCAGUAUUGCCGCCGGCAAGAAGAAACUCGUCGAGUGCGAGGACGAGAUUCUCAGAUUGCUCUAUGAAACGAAGGGAUCGCUUCUAGACGACGAACAGCUGGUCAACACACUACAGACAUCUAAAGUGACAUCACAGGAGGUCUCGGAGCAGUUGCAAAUAUCUGAACAGACAGAGGCAAAGAUCGAUGCAGCUCGUGAGGGCUAUCGUCCAUGUGCUCAGAGAACGUCCAUCUUGUUUUUUGUGUUGAAUGACAUGGGUCGCAUUGACCCCAUGUAUCAGUUCUCACUGGACUCUUACAUUGAACUGUUCAUUGCAUCUAUUGAGCGGAGUCAGAGAAGUUCAAAACUGGAGGAGAGAAUUGUUAAUCUGAAUGAAUUCCAUACGUAUGCUGUUUACAGAUUUACGUGCCGUGGCCUCUUUGAGAAGCAUAAGCUGCUAUUCUCAUUCCAAAUGUGUGCCAAGAUCCUGGAGCAUGCUGGGAAACUGAACAUGGAUGAAUACAAUUUCUUCCUCCGCGGUGGAGUUGUGAUUGACCGAGAGAACCAGAUGGACAACCCGUGCCCUGGUUGGCUGUCGGACAACGCAUGGGACAACAUCACGGAGCUGGAGAAGCUGACCAACUUCCAUGGGAUCAUCACGGCCUUCGAGCAGUACCCACGCGAGUGGAACAUCUGGUACACCUCGUCAGACCCCGAAAACACACCACUGCCAGGUGAAUGGGACAAUGCCUGCAAUGAGCUCCAGCGCAUGUUGAUCGUGAGGUCACUGCGACCUGAUCGGGUGUCUUUCUGCGCGACCUCGUUUAUCGUGAACAAUCUCGGCUCCAAGUUUGUCGAGCCUCCCGUACUGGACAUGCAGCAGGUGGUGGAAGAUUCGAGCACAAAGACACCGCUCAUCUUCGUCCUGUCACCCGGCGUGGAUCCCACAAGUGCCCUCACCCAACUGUCAGAAGUGAGUGGAAUGGAGGAUCGUUUCCAUGCAUUGUCUCUGGGUCAAGGUCAGGCCCCAAUUGCCACUCGGAUGAUCAAGGAGGGAGUUAAAGAGGGUAACUGGGUGUUCCUUGCCAACUGUCACCUGUCUCUCAGCUGGAUGCCUCACCUCGACAAGCUCGUAGAGCAGCUGCAGAUUGAGGAGCCCCACCCCGAGUUCAGACUCUGGCUCAGCAGCAGCCCCCACCCGGAAUUCCCCAUCUCCAUCCUGCAGCAGGGCAUAAAGAUGACCACCGAACCACCGAAGGGACUGAAAGCGAACAUGAAGCGUCUGUACAACCUGGUGACGGAGCAGCAGUUCCAGCGCUGCCACAAGCCUGACAAGUACAAGAAACUUCUCUUCUGUCUGUGUUUCUUCCACUCUGUGCUGCUCGAGAGGAAGAAGUUCCUCAUGCUCGGCUGGAACAUCGCAUACGAGUUCAACGACUCAGACUUCGAGGUUUCGGAGAAUCUGUUGAGUAUUUACCUGGAUGAGUAUGAGGAGACGCCGUGGGACGCCCUCAAGUACCUCAUCGCCGGCAUCAACUACGGCGGUCACGUCACCGACGACUGGGACCGGAGACUGCUGCAGACGUACAUCUCUGACUACUUCGUCGAUGCAUCACUCAACACACCAUUUUACAAACUGUCUAUUCUCCCAGCAUACUACGUACCAAAGGACGGCCAGUUUUCCUCGUACAAGGAGUAUGUGAGCAUGCUGCCGAACAUCGACCACCCUGAGGCGUUUGGCCAGCACCCGAACGCGGACAUCACUUCUCAGAUCCAGGAAACGAAGAUGAUGUUUGACACUCUGCUGUCACUGCAGCCACAGAUCUCGAGCACCCAGGGCGACAGUAGGGAGGACAAAGUGCUUGAACUCGCAGCCAAUAUUUUCCGUCAACUGCCAGAGAAUAUUGACUAUGAGGGCACAGCAAAGAUUUUGUCCGUGGACCCGUCAGCUUUGAAUGUUGUCCUGCUACAAGAAAUCCAACGGUAUAACCUGCUGUUGGUCGAGAUCCGUGCUUCACUGGCAGACUUGGAGAAGGGAAUCCAGGGCUUGGUCGUCAUGAGUAGUGACCUGGAGGACAUCUUCCACUGUAUUUACGACGGUCACGUGCCGCACACCUGGGAAAAAGCAUACCCAUCGAUGAAGCCACUGUCAGCCUGGACCCGCGACCUCAUCACACGGGUGGAACAGUUCAGCAUGUGGGCGGAGAAAGCUCACCCCCCGAAGAUCUUCUGGAUGUCCGGCUUCACAUUCCCCACAGGUUUCCUCACAGCCGUCCUCCAGACAUCGGCCAGACAGAACAGUGUAUCAGUCGACUCUCUUUCCUGGGAAUUCACAGUGAUGACGGUUGAUGACACCAAUAUCACAGGACCGCCAAAGGAUGGUGUGUACAUCAAGGGACUCUUCCUGCAAGGUGCCGGCUGGGACAAGAAGAACGCCUGUCUGAUAGAAGCGAACCCGAUGCAGCUGGUGUGUGCCAUGCCCACCAUCCACUUCAGACCAGCCGAGAGCAAAAAGAAAACAAGCAAAGGAAUAUACUCGUGUCCGGUGUACUACUACCCGAACCGUGCGGGUACGAGCGGGAGACAGUCGUUUGUGGUCGCCGUGGAGCUCAAGACUGGAGACAAGAGUCCCGACCACUGGUGUAAACGAGGCACGGCGCUCUUGAUGAGUCUGGACUACUGAACACACUCAGCGUCCUUGUGUAGCAGUGUGUGGUGGUCAUAUCCACCAGUUCAACACGUUGUGAUUUUUGUCUGUGCUUUUUUGUGUUGGUGCAAAAUCUUAUAUUUGAUAAAAGAAGUCAGUGGCCAACUUGAUGGACUUGUAUAUUAAAAAAAAAAAAAAAUUUACAACUAAAUAAAAUACUUUUUUUUAAAAAGAAAAAAAGAAAAUGAAGAUGUGUGUGUGAGUGAAUGUAUUUUUGUGACUAAGUUGCAAAUGCCAAGAUGAGAAUAGUUUCUCAUAUUUCUGUGUGGGGGUUUUUUAAUUAAAAAAACAAACAAUGUUUGAUGUAUUAUUCAGUCAGUGACUGUCUUAAUGGAAUUCCAUUGAACAAUGUAUUGAAAACAAAAAAAACUAAACAAAAUGUGAAAACAAAAUAUGAAGAUAAAUUAUGAAUAUAUUGUGUGAAUGAUUGUUGUUUUUGUUUGUCACCAUGUUGCAAAUACCAAAACUAAUAUUCUUUCAUGGAUUAAUUAUAUUUUGACUGUUGAAAUAGUAUUGGAUAAUGUUGAUUAUGGUUCAGUAUUAAUAUUAUUUGUAAUAAAAAAAACAUAAUCUAUUGUACUAGUUGCCAAAAUUUACAAAUAACGUAUCAAUAUGUUAUAUUUUUUAUUUAAACUUAAAGAUUGACUUUCCAAUGUUAUUCUUGGUUUCCACAUUCCGUCCAAUGAAUUUUUAUUUUUUUAUUUAUUAGUUAAUUUUCUUCAUAAUAUUUAAGCAUGUGACCACUUCUUACGUUCCAGCUUGAACCGUUCCAUAAGAAUGUAUGGCAUUAAAAUUUUGAAGUACCAUAACAUUGUUACAGUUAAAUAUUAAUGUGUUCUAUGAAACUAAUUCUUCUAGAAUAGCAUUCUUCAUUGUAAAUAUUUCAUUGUUCCCAUGUACAAUAGAUAAGUCUUGACAAUUAUUAAACAAGUUAUUUAUUUAUUUAUUUAUUUAUUUAUUUGUUGUUGCUUCAAAGCAUUGUAUGUUACAGUUUAUGUACCGUUUCCAUAUAAUGUACAUCAUUUUGAAUUUUAUAAAAUAUUUACAAACCUC